AUGGCUUUAGCAAAUGGUCGUUAUUACAUCUGGCUAGAUACACAUAUUGGAGUUAUGGGACAAUAUCAAGCUCUUAAAGAUCAAUUUCGAAAUCAACUUCUGCCACUUGCUAAUAUGCCACCGAAUGGUAUCAAUGAACUUAUUUGUUGUUUUGAGAAUAAUGUCGCUCCAAUACAUUUUGUUAGCACAAUUGAUGAUGCGUUGACAUUGAUUCAGAAUGAAACUGAUAAAAUGAUAAUAUUUAUAUCAUCUGGAACACUUGGAAAAGAAAUUAUUCCUACAAUUGUUUUAAAUUAUACACGUGUUCAUUCUUUUUAUAUAUUUUGCACUCAUAUCAAACAUAUGUCUGAAUGGGCUCUCGAACGUGACUAUGAAACAAUUAUGAAAAUGUAUGACCAUGAAACAGAUCUUCUUGUUCGUCUUGUUCGUGAUGCUUCAAACGAUCUUAUCAAAUUAGGACAAAGUUAUAUGACAUUAAAUGAUGGAGAAAGUGCACGAAAAUGUUUUGUAACUGCACAAACUUUAGAAAUUCAAGCGAAUAUGACAGAUACAUUACAUGCUCCACUUUUAGCUCGUCUACAAUUACUUGAGGGUGACAAUGGACUCAUUCAAAAAGCACGUGAUAUGCGAUAG